AUAUCCCAACGCGGCACCUCUACUUCCCCACAAAGCUGCCUGGGUAAAAGCUGCAUACUGUAAACAGCCUUCUUUGCUGCAUCAGUCUGCCGUCAGACCUUAUCAAAAUGACCGGCCCAAUCGACAGAUCUGCCGACGACGCCGUCCUGGCUCGUCUAGGCAAAAAACAAGUCCUCAAACGUCGCUUCGACUUUUGGUCUCUAUUCGGUUUCGCAGUCUGCGAAUUGAUUACAUGGGAAACCGUACUGGCUCUUUUCAGCCAAGGGUUUGAGAAUGGUGGACCUUCCGGUCUUUUGUACGGCUUCAUUAUUGCUUGGAGUUCGACAUUGUCAGUGUAUACUGUCAUUUCGGAAUUAGCGUCUAUGGCGCCGAUUGCUGCUGGGCAGUAUUAUUGGGUUUAUAUGCUUUCCUCGGAAAAGUAUCGCGUCUUUGCUAGUUAUAUCAUUGGGUGGUUGACUUCGCUUGCGUGGAUUGCGACUGUUGCUACAGAGACGUUAUUUGCUGGUACUAUGCUUGAAGGGUUGGUGAUCUUGGAUUAUUCGACGUACACGGCCACGAACUGGAAGGGCACUUUACUCACAUGGGCUGUGGCUUUGGUAUCGACCUUUAUCAACGCGGUCAUUCCAAGCAUGCUUCCACGCAUUGAGAUUGGUACCGUGGUAUUCCAUGUUGCCGGAUUCAUUGUGAUUAUUGCUCUGCUUUGGCGCUACACUGGCUCGUACCAUAACGCCGAUUUUGUGUUUCGCACGAGCCUGAACGAGGGCAAUUGGCCUACUCAGGGGUUGUCUUAUUGUGUGGGCUUUUUGGGUAAUGUCGCCACUUUCGUGGGCGCGGAUGCAAGUGUUCAUUUGGCUGAGGAAGUCUCACACGCGGCCACGACUAUUCCUCGUGUUAUCACGUCCAGCAUGAUUCUCAAUGGCAUCGUUGGGUUUGUUAUGAUGAUUACUCUGUUGUUCUGUCUGGGUGAUGUUGACUCGGUCUUGGAAUCGCAGACUGGAUUUCCUUUUAUUCAGAUCUUCUACAACAGCGUUCGAUCAGUAGCCGGGGCUACUGUCAUGGGUGCAAUUGUCCUCAUUCUGACCUGGGCAUGUGCCACUGGUAUCAUUACCUCCGCAUCACGUAUGACCUGGGCUUUUGCGCGAGAUCGUGGAACCCCGUUCUCUCGGAUUAUUAGCAAGGUUGACCCUCGCACACAAGUGCCCAUUAUUGCCAUUGGAGUUGUGGUCGUCAUUGCCUGUCUUCUCACACUCAUCAACAUCGGCUCUUCUACCGCAUUCAACGACGUCAUCUCGCUCACAAUCACCGGAUUCUAUGGUAGCUACCUCGUACCUUCUGCUCUGCUACUCUAUCAUCGACUCAAACCUGGCAAUAUCUUACCAUACGGAUCCCUUGUAGACGGACAGGAUCUUGGUACUAGUUAUCCCGUCUCAGCUCCCGCGGCAUCUCCCUCAGACAACGACACCCAACCAGACGAAACAUACACUGAAAAAACAACUAAACCAACAGAAUCCAAACCCGGCAACAACGCUCCCAUCACAGUAACUUCAGCCGAUGAACAAGGCAGAAUCACAUUCGCGCCUACGCAACUCGUCUGGGGGCCGUGGCAUAUCCCUGGCCUACUCGGAAUCAUUAAUAACGCAUACGCAUGCGUCUACAUGGUGUUUGUGAUUUUCUGGUCUGUCUGGCCUCCUGCCACCCCCGUUGCGGCGGAUACCAUGAAUUACUCUGUUGUUGUCACUGGUGGAGUCAUUAUUUUGAGUAUUGUGUGGUAUUGGAUUAGAGGGCGGAAGGAGUACAAGGGGCCGUUGGUGGAUAAGGAGGUCAUUGAGCUUAUUCAAAGGAAUCAAAUUGUUGGAGUAUAAAAGUUUAUGUGUGGAUGUGAAGCAUGGUCGUCAGAGCCGGCUGGGAAGAUCUUUAUAUGCAACACGGCACGUUAGAGUUCCUUGUACUGAUAGACCUGAGAUACCAUAUGAUAGAUGAAUUCUGAGAUGAAUCUUCGUAUAGC